AUGGCCGCCGAAUUCGAUGCCUCCACGCUGACGGCCGAACAACUGCCCGAGCUGCUUAAAAAUGACAUCGCGGUCAAAGUCGCGGGCAUCGAUGUCGACGGCGUGUUGCGUGGAAAGCUCAUGGCCAAGAAGAAGUUCCUCAGCAUAGCCAACGACGGCUUCGGCUUCUGCAGCGUCAUCUUCGGAUGGGACAUGCAUGACCAGACCUACUUCAAGGAACUGGCCAUCUCGAACAAGGAGAACGGGUACCGCGACUUGCUCGCCAUACCAGACCUGACCUCGUUCAGGAGGAUACCUUGGGAGGACAACAUACCCUUCUUCCUCAUCAGUUUCCAUGACCCAGACACCAAAGAGACCCUUAGCGCAUGCCCAAGAAGCCUGUUGAAACGCGCUGUUGAUAGGCUGAAGGAGAAUGGAUAUGGUGCCAUGGCUGGAGCUGAGUACGAGUUCUACCAAUUCCGCGCACCUCAGAGCCACGAUGGCUCAGAGAAAAACACGUCGAGCACCGCCGUCUUCCUGCGCGAGAACCCCGUAAACUCGCUUCCAAGUCUUACCGAAGGCAUGUUCGGAUAUAGCAUCACGCGACCCGUCCACAACCAAGAAUACUACUACGGCAUCUUCAACACAUGCGCCCAGUUCGGCUGUGGAAUUGAAGGGUGGCAUACAGAGUCCGGGCCAGGUGUCUUUGAAGCGGCUCUCGAAUUUGGCGAAAUUCAAGCAAUGGCAGACAAAGCCUCGCUGUUCAAGCUUGUCGUCAAGUCUCUCGGAUCCAAAUUCGGCAUAACACCAUGCUUCAUGGCUAAACCGCGCGAGGGUCUCCCUGGAAACAGUGGACAUAUGCAUGUCUCCAUCGUAGAUAAAGAGGGCAAGAAUCUGUUCUACCGAGGUGAAGAGGACAAGAACGCGCCAUACUCAGACAUCCGGUAUCUUUCAGACCUUGGCCGACAUUUCCUAGCAGGAUUGAUCGACGGUCUUCCUGAUAUCAUGCCUAUCCUAGCACCGAAUGUCAACAGCUACAAACGGUUGGUAGAAAACUUCUGGGCACCCGUCACCGUAUCCUGGGGUCUCGAGCACCGCGCUGCUUCCAUCCGCCUCAUCUCUCCCCCUACCUCAUCCGGUAAGGCCACGCGCUUCGAAGUCCGUGUACCAGGCGCAGACACAAACCCGCACUUCGUUCUUGCUGCAAUUCUAGCCCUCGGCUGGCGAGGUAUUGAGAAGAAGAUGGAGAUCGGCAUACCGCCUCUGGGCAAGGGCGAAGACGUUGGUGGAGAAGCGGACAAGGGUGAACGACUGGCGAAGAGCUUGAAAGAAGCGACUGAACGAUUUAUGAGAAAAGAGAGCGUUGCAAGAGAAGUUUUCGGCGACCAAUUCGUGGACCACUUUGGUGGGACUAGGCAACAUGAGAUUAGGCUCUGGGAUGAGGCUGUGACAGACUGGGAAGUCAGAAGAUAUAUCGAGACGGUAUAA